GUGCCUUCAGUGUUGGAGCAUAAAAGCUAACCGCUUACCGGCCAAUUGGUAUCAUUCAAUUGCAAAUCGCUAAACCAAGCGGAUAAAGUUAGAAGCUGAGACAGCAACUCAACCAUUCUCACUAUGUUCAAGCUACUCUGCGUGUGCGCUAUCCUGGCCGUAGUUGCCGCCUUCCCGGCAGAAAUUGAGCCACCAGCAGCUAAUCAGGACGGAAUAGCACAGCGUGACGGUGCUGCAGAGAUCGUCGGUCGGGAUGCACCAGGCGCCGAAGCAACCGUGGAAGCACAGGACGAUAUGGACAAAGCGGAAACGUUUGGCUUCGGUUACCACAAAUACAUUCACGUGUAUCCGAGAUACUAUCCACGGUACUACUACGGUGGUUUCUACCCACGGUACUACUACGGACACUACGGUCACUACUGGUGAUGCUGAACGCAUCAGUUCUUCUCGUACGAUUACGAUCAUUUGUAAAAAAACAACAAUUUAUCAUCAUUUUACGCUCGAAAGUAAAUAGAAAUCGAAAUAAAAACUUCUAAAUCAUAAAA